AUGGAGCGAUUAAUCGGACUGCAACAUGAGUUAUACGGGCGUAUCGCGCGUACGUACGAAAACUUGAAGAAGUCGGGAGCGAGUAAAAUUUCCUCCGCCCUUGUACGGUCGUCCUUGGCCGUGCUUGAGAGCAAAUGGGCAAAGGUGGAAGCUCAGCAUGAAACACUGCAAUCUGAGCACUGGGACGAGCUGCAGAAGCACGAUUACAUCAAGGAGGACCUAAUCAGCGACAUCGAGGCAAUGUAUAUCGAGCAACGCGCCCAAUUGCUGGAGAUCGAGCAGUCAUUAACUGCCUCGAGCUCGUUCGACGAGAGCAAAACGAAAGUCGAACCCACUAGUCAUCGCAAGGUCCUACCCCGCAUUCAGUUGCCGCAGUUUUCAGGGCGAUUCGAGGACUGGCCAGCAUUUCGGGACUUAUUCCAGUCCAUUGUCGCGCAUGAGACCUCCCUCUCGAAAGUGGAGAAACUGCAUUAUCUGAAGACUUGCGUGAAGGGUGAUGCAGAGCAGCUCAUUAGGAACAUACCAUCCACAGAAGAGAAUUUCGAUCGCGCAUGGGCCGAACUGACCGACCAGUUUGAGAACAAGCGACUGUUGGUUCGGUCUUACCUCGCCGCCUUUACUUCACUGCCAAAAAUGAAGUCAGACUCUGCAGCAGAUCUUCGCCGAAUAUUUCAUGGCGUCGUGUCCACCGUCGGAGCCCUUGAGGGCAUCAAUCGACCCAUAACCACCUGCUCCGACCUGUUCAUCCAUCUGGCUGUGGAACUGUUGGACUCCAAAACGCGCCGUGAGUGGGAAAAUUCCCUCGGACGGUCAGCUGUACCACCUUCGUACGAGGAGCUCAAGGACUUCCUUCAGGAGCAAGUGGUGACACAGGAGGUUCUCGAAGCUGCGAAGGCCGAUCGGCCGUCCGCCGGGAAGUCCUCCACUCGCAACCACCACACUAGGAGGCCAGGACAGGAGUCGAGCCGUUUGUGUCCAGUCUGUAAGCAGAAUCACUUCAUAAUGGUAUGUCCCCAGUACAAGCAGAAACCCGCAGCGGAGAAACGAGACAUCGUGAUCGCUCAUCACCUAUGUUUGAAUUGCCUGGGGCGACACCAGGUGAGCGACUGUCCCUCUCAGCGUUGCUGCGUUAAGUGCAACGCCCGCCACCACACCUCGCUUCACGAGGCGUUCACGAGCGCAAGCCCCGCUGCCGCUGUACACGUCGCAAAACCACCGCCAGUGGGCUGCACAACAAUUUUACUCGCGACCGCGCGCGUUCUCGUGUGCGACCACUUCGGUGUGCAACAUUCCGUCCGCGCGCUCAUCGACUCCGGAUCGGAAACCUCAAUGGUUAGCGAGUCGCUGGCUCAGCGGCUCCGACUGCCCCGUACUCCGACGUCCGUCGCUAUCUUCGGAAUCGGUGGCCAACAGACUGGUGUGGCUCGCGGACGCGUCUCCUUCACGCUCGCAUCGCGCUCGGCUGCAUUCCGCGUCAAGAUUUCCGCGCUCGUAUUUCCGCGACUGACAGCAUACGGCGGUGACAUCGGCCGAGCCUCGCGAGCGUGGCCACAUCUGGAGGGCCUCGAUCUGGCGGAUCCUGAGUUCCUUGAGCGCGAUCCCGUUGAGCUGCUGCUGGGCGCUGACGUCUUUGUGCACAUCGCCUUACCAGGCCUGCGUCGAGGGGGCCCGGCCGAACCUAUCGCGCAACAAACCCAAUUAGGUUGGGUAAUCCUCGGCACCGCGGGCUCUGGCCAGUCCGCGUGCGUCACUUCUAUGCAAUGUUCUCCGAGUGAUGACCUGUCCGCGCUCGUCCGCCGAUUCUGGGAGGAGGAAGAGUCGCCGCACGCGCCCGUGCCACUCUCCCAAGACGACCAGGAAUGCGAGACGCAUUUCGUGCAGUCUCACUCCCGCGACCUCAGUGGUCGCUAUCAGGUCCGACUACCUGUGCGACCGGGCAUCCCGGAUCUCUCAGCAACGCAGCACGAAUGA